AUGGGCUUUCUUGAAUACUUCCUAUUCGUGCGAGCUGGUGUCGUCUGGGAGAACCGCAAUCUGCCCAGUUAUCUAGGGCCUUCUCCUUCCCAGCUGGUCCAUCUUCUCAUUUUGAUAAUUGUCAACACUCUGACUAUCUUUCUCGUCUCAAUCACCUUUUUUCGUACAAUCUGGGGUCUCGGGGCUAAUGUCACCACUAUCGAGAGCUGGGAAAUUGAGCGCCACGAACAGCUACUCCGUCGAGCCCGUGCACUCGGAGGAUAUCUGGAUGGUCCAGAUGGCAUUCGAGUCAAGAUUGCGAAACAAGAAUUCCCCUACGAUAUAGGCAUUUGGAGCAACAUUGUGCAAGGAAUGGGGACAGCAAACUUCUUGGCCUGGUUCUGGCCAUUCUCUGCGACUCCAAAAACGAGCGGUUUGGUCUUCGAAACCAAUGGAUUUGAGGACCCGGGUACAACAUGGCCACCACCAGACCCUGAUCGGAUGCCCCGACUUGAUCGGUCGCUUGACUCGUCACACAAUGCAUUUGUUCAUGACCACGGAACUCUCUCGCCUUAUGAGGAGAUGGAGGCCUUCAAACAGCGACAACAGGCUGACUUUGAGCGACGUCCGGGUUACUAUGGGGUUCAACGACGUAAACCAUUUCACGACCGUUUUGAAAAGGACAAUCUCGUGCCGAUCAAAAAUGAUUAUGUCAAUCCGGCCGAUGAUGAUUCUCUCAGCGGCGAGGAAGGUUGGCAGGAUUCAGGAGGAAACCGACUGAAAGACUACGGUGUCGACGAGGACGUCGAGUUCUACGAUGAGGACAAUGUCCCAAUUUCAGAACUGUUGACGCGGCGGAGAGAAGGGCGGGAACUCCAGACCUGA